AAUCGCAAUAAACUGACAAUGAGAAUUCCUUUUACUGUUGUUGUUGAUCUGCUAGGUCAUAAGAUGUUAUCGUUGAACAUUGUAAGUAAGAAAUUUGCGUUUAUAACAGCUAAAUGUAUGAUUAAAUCAAAUUUAAUGUUAUUUAACCUUUCUAACCGGAGAUGAUGAAUAAACUCGUUAUUGGGCGCGCAAAACAAAUUAAAUUGUUACAAAACUAUAAAAAUGACACUAAGAUAUAUUAAACAUAAAAACGUCAUUUUCUUUCUUUUUUAUUGUCAUUGUGUUAUCAAUCAGUAUAAUUCGAAAGUGUAAACUAUGUUUGGCUAAACAAAUUUACAACAAAUCAAACAGGUGAAUAUUAGAAAUCCAUCUGUGAAGUACCAUUACAUGUUAUACCUUACUUUAAAUGACAUCAUACUGUUAAAUGAAAUAAAUUAUCGUUUAAAUUGUUCGUUUAAUUAUCACAGAAUGUUUUUGAAUAUUUUAAUUAUUUGUUUAAUUAUCACUGUCUUUAAAUUUUUUACUUUUAUAAUCGUACAAGUUGCAAUUUAUAUUUCGCAUUUACUAUGAAUAUGACGAGAAUCUUUGUUAGUUUAUCAUGGCACGUCCAGAGUGCGCUUUCAAGAAAUGACCAAUAAGGAGAAGUUGAUUACUAGAGAACACAAAUUGUUGCUAUACUAGACAUCCAACAAUCAAUACGUGGUUAUAUUUGGUACUUUACAGUUAAUUUGUGUCUUAAUUCCCGCCAAAUUUUUGUUAAUGUGAAUUUUACUAGGGACAUGUAAAUUAAAUAAAACACUAAAGGCAAAGAGCCCUUAAAUGAUAUUUUAUCCAAAGUUUUACUAUAUUCAUUCCAAAUGGGAGAUGUAGCAAAUCUUAAUGAUUUAUUACCAAUUUAUUAUGCUAGAUUAUUUCCUUUCAAUGAUUAUUAUGACUGGCUCAGUUAUGGAAGUACAAAUAACUUCAGCAGAAGAGAAUUCUCUUUCACUCUUCAAGAUGAUAUUUAUCUUCGAUUCCAAUCAUUUAAAACUCUUAAAGACUUAGAAGCAGACAUCAAGAGACUUCUUCCAUUUAAAAUUGACAUUGGUGCUGUGUAUAAUGUUCCGCCGAAAGAACAAAGAAAAAGAGCACGAUUUUUUCCCGUUGAAAGAGAACUUGUUUUUGAUAUUGAUAUGACAGAUUAUGAUGAAGUAAGAACAUGUUGCGAAGGUACAGAUAUUUGUAAUAAAUGUUGGAAGUUUAUGAUACUUGCAUGUAAAAUAUUAGACAACGCGUUAAGAGCUGAUUUUGGAUUCAAGCAUAUUCUCUGGGUAUUUUCUGGUAGAAGAGGUAUACAUUGUUGGGUUUGUGAUCCAGAAGCACGCUUUUUAGAAGAUGUUCAACGUGCUGGAGUUGCAGAGUAUCUACAAAUUAUCGGAGGAGGAGAAUACAUGAAAAAGAAAGUCAAUUUAUCCACUGAUACUUUACAUAAAUCUAUUAGACGUGCAUUGGAUAUAAUUGAAGCAGAAUUUAUACCUAUGUGCAUUGAAGAGCAAGAUAUAUUAGGAACAAAUGAAAGAAUGGAAAAGUUUCUAGCGAUAUUACCUGAUGAAGAAGACCAACUAGAACUGAAGAAUUUAUUUGGCCAAUGUUCUUCCAGUACAACUCGAUGGAAGGCAUUCUGUGAAUUUGUCAAAGACAAAAGAACAAAGAGGGGAUCAAAAUGGUAUUUAUACCGUCAUCUUAGGGAAGAAGUGAUGUUGCAAUAUGCCUAUCCAAGGUUAGAUAUAAAUGUUACAAAAGGAAUGAAUCAUCUUUUAAAAUCUCCUUUCUGUAUACAUCCAAAAACGGGCAAAGUUUGCGUACCAUUUACGGUAAAGACCGUAGAAAAGUUUCAGCCAGAUAAGGUUCCAACAAUAAUGACAUUAAUUGACGAAAUUAAUGAGUUCGACGCAAAGGAGAAAACAGAAGAAAUUAAUAAUUUAGAUACAACAAAAAUAAAAGAUUAUAAAAAGACGAGUUUAAAGAAAUCACUUCACAUAUUUCACGAAUUUUUAUGGGGACUUAAAGAAGCGCGAAAGGGUUUAAAGGCUAAGGAAAAUGAUGAAAAAAUGGAAUUUUAAAAACUGCAGAGUUAUCUCAGAAUUUGCAAAAUCUAUUAAACGCAUUUGUAUAAUAAGUUCCGCGUAAGAGUCUUUGUUAGAGAAGAAUUUUUAUUUGACAAGCAAAUAUAUUUGUCGUAUCGGAGUCACUUGAAGACGGUGGCGCAUUGACGAAGAAUAAAAAGAAUUUGCUAGUAAAGGAAACCGCUCGAUGGAUUUAUUGCUCAAGGUGCUUACCUUCAGAUAGAAUAGUCAAUAGCGUAGUCUACUUUGCUAACUAUUAUUGUUGAUUAAAAUAAACUUUUCUAUUGAAAAUAA